AUGCUGUCCAGCAUCCGCCAGUACCUCUCAUCGCGCCAACGCGCAAAGCCUUCUACGAUGCCGGUAGUCGAGAAGCGGUACCAGACACCACCAGAGGCCACAGUCGAGGACCUGCCGACGGAGUUGCUGGCCGAAGUAAUGGGCCACUAUAGCCCUGUACCGAGAGAUUAUCGCACACUCUGUCUGGUCAACAAGCACUUCAACGCGGUGGCGACGCCAUUCCUCUACAGCCAGUUCAGUAAUUUGACGAGUUCAACUCGACUUCGCCUAUUGCUUCGCACAAUCACACAAGAGCCUGGACUCGCGCGCCAUUUGCGUCAGCUCAACAUCAAGUUGUGGUUGGGAGCUGCAGACGACCUUCCGAGCACCAAAGAAGUGAUUGGCUACCUGGAAGCGAUCCUACCAUAUGCAGCAUGGCGCGAUGUUCACUACCCAUUGUCCACUAGCCUUCGAAACGCUGUUUACGACGCGCAGGUUAUGCUGCUCCUGCUACUCGCCAAGAACACGCAGACGCUUCAUUUCUACCUCCCAAGUCCACAGGAAGCCAGCAAAUUCGGCGGAAUCAGCCCAAAGUACGCAAGUCUCGGGACCAUGUUACCACUCUUCCAAGUAUUGGCUCUCGAACAGCAGAUCCCAAGUAUCCUGCCAGAGCUAAAGUCUUUGCACGUUCGCAAUCAAUAUGAUUCCAUGGCCAUUGGUGGGAUUUCGACAAUGCUCUGGGAAUCGCUUCAGCGUCAUCGCAGCUCCCUUCAGCACCUCAAGCUUGUAUUCAGAGCAGAAGCGGCCAAGUGCAUCACAGAUCGUCCAGCCUUGCGGUCUCUGGAUGAGUUCUCUACGCUCGAGACUCUUUGCAUAGAUGACUACGCUCUUGCUGGCGCGCUGCAGGGCGAAUAUGUUGAUCAGUGGGAAGUCGAUGAUCUCUUCAAGGACCGGACCAGCUUCCUGCCGCAAAAUCUGAAGACCUUUGUCCUUCACACCCGCAAGGAUCUCAUCGACUCGAGUUCAGUUAUGGCGCAAAUCCACCACAUGCUUCCUGAAUCUUUGGAGCACCUCACAGUCACCUUCACCGACCUGGUCCCAUCGUACUAUCGCGACCUUGCAUACACGCUAAAGCCUGAGUUGCCCAACUUGAUGAGAACCAUUUGCAGGCGUGGAAUCUGCUACUCGCCGCACAACAGCUGGGUCGUUGAGUGCUGGAAGGGUGAAAAUCAGAGCAUCAAGCAGGGUUUGGUGGAAUACGAGAUGCAGUUGAUUGAUGGAACUCCAAUGGAGGAGGACGAGGAUGAGGUUACCGCGCAAGGCUAG